GCAGUGUGUCAGCUGGUAUGAUGGAAGCCUGGGUGGUGAUCUUCUCUUCCAAGCUCGAGCGCAGUGUAUGAAUGUGAAUGCAAGAAAUUACAGGUGGUCUGAGUCCCGCAGCAAAGUGUGUCAGAUGUGUGACAGGGGUCUGGAUGAAACUGUCGUGCAUGUGGUACUGGUGUGUGGGAGGUACCGGAGAGAAAGGACGGAGAUGAUGAGGGUGGCACUGAUGGGCUGGAUGUGAAUGGGAGGAUUGCAAGAACGGAGAGGGAAUGGAUGCUGCUGCUGCUGGGACCGAGUGCUGAAGCAAAUGAGAGAAUUAUAGCAGCCAUGAAGAGUUUUCUGGGAAAGAUGUGGUGUGCAAGAAAUAGGGAAUAGGAUGAUUUGUAAUGAUACUGCUUGUUUUGUUUUAUUUUUACAGGUUGUGCCGAUACGAAGGCCUGACUCUCCGACGGGUCACCUGUACAGCAAGAGCAAGAGCAAGAACAACAACACCCGCCGAGGCGCCGCCGCCGAGUGUGUGUUUGGGGCUGUACGGCAGGCGUCCACCCCUCACGACAGGAAGCUGUCAUCCACCUCACCUGCGCCUUCCUUAGGAAGACGGGGCAGCUGACGCGCCCGUGAGGACCUCACAGGACGACACCAGGGCUCGUGUGAGCGACUACAUCGCCGCGGCCCUAAACAACAACAACAACAAUUUGGGGCUUUAGAGGCUGUGGUCCAUGGCCUAACCAGCCCCUGAAACACUGAAGAAGAGGCUGUGGUCCAUGGCCUAACCAGCCCCUGAAACACUGAAGAAGAGGCUGUGGUCCAUGGCCUAACCAGCCCCUGAAACACUGAAGAAGAGACUGUGGUCCAUGGCCUAACCAGCCCCUGAAACACUGAAGAAGAGGCUGUGGUCCAUGGCCUAACCAGCCCCUGAAACACUGAAGAAGAGGCUGUGGUCCAUGGCCUAACCAGCCCCCUGAAACACUGAAGAAGAGGCUGUGGUCCAUGGCCUAACCAGCCCCCUGAAACACUGAAGAAGAGGCUGUGGUCCAUGGCCUAACCAGCCCCUGAAACACUGAAGAAGAGGCUGUGGUCCAUGGCCUAACCAGCCCCUGAAACACUGAAGAAGAGGCUGUGGUCCAUGGCCUAACCAGCCCCCUGAAACACUGAAAAAGAGGCUGUGGUCCAUGGCCUAACCAGCCCCCUGAAACACUGAAGAAGAGGCUGUGGUCCAUGGCCUAACUGGCCCCCUGAAACACUGAAGAAGAAGAAGAGGCUGUGGUCCAUGGCCUAACCAGCCCCCGAAACACUGAAGAAGAAGAAUCCUUGUCCCCAAACAGCCUGCUGCCGUCACUGGUACUACGAUUGUGACUACUACUACUACACUUCCUGUUCACCGCACUGACGACCAAGUCCAGCACAGCAACAACGGCUUCCUUCAGGUGUGGAGAAAAGAGAACGAGGACAACACAACACACUGAGCCGCCGUACAGGUCGGGGCCGCCUCACCUGCUGGGCUGGACAGCAGCAUGAGUGGCCAAGACAAGCAGGAGCAGACUGCUGCAGGUGGCAGGAGGGUCAGUGGUCAUCAGGUGAAGCAACUUGCUGCUGGCAACUCCAGCAACAAAGGAGAGAGGAAGUUUGUGUGUCUGGAGUGUGGAAAAGGAUUCACCUCAAGGCAAGGCCUCAGAUAUCACACCCUUACACACACUGGUGUAAAGAACUAUGAAUGUAAGGAAUGUGGGAAACAAUUCAAUCAGAAGAGUAACCUCGAUGCACACACCCUUACACACACUGGUGUAAAGAACUAUGAAUGUAAGGAAUGUGGGAAACAAUUCAGCCGGAAGAGUACCCUUGAUAGACACACCCUUACACACACUGGUGUAAAGAACUAUGAAUGUAAGGAAUGUGGGAAACAAUUCAACCGGAAAAGUAACCUUGAUGCACACGUCCUUACACACACUGGUGUAAAGAACUAUGAAUGUAAGGAAUGUGGGAAACAAUUCAGCCAGAAGAGUACCCUUGAUAGACACACCCUUACACACACUGGUGUAAAGAACUAUGAAUGUAAGGAAUGUGGGAAACAAUUCAGCCGGAAGAGUACCCUUGAUGCACACACCCUUACACACACUGGUGUAAAGAACUAUGAAUGUAAGGAAUGUGGGAAACAAUUUAGCCGGAAGAGUACCCUUGAUGCACACACCCUUACACACACUGGUGUAAAGAACUAUGAAUGUAAGGAAUGUGGGAAACAAUUCACACAAAAGAGUACCCUUAAUGCACACACCCUUACACACACUGGUGUAAAGAAAUAUGAAUGUAAGGAAUGUGGGAAACAAUUCAGCCGGAAGGGUUACCUUGAUAAACACACCCUUACACACACUGGUGUAAAGAAGUAUGAAUGUAAGGAAUGUGGGAAACAAUUCAGCCGGAAGGGUUACCUUGAUAAACACACCCUUACACACACUGGUGUUAAAAGUCAUGAGUGUGAAGAGUGCGGGAAGAGAUUCAGUUUGAAGUGGAUUCUUAACGAACACGUCUUCAGGCACUAUGACAUUAGGGAGUUCAAGUGUGAUGUUUGUGGAAAGCUCUUUAAGGCAAAGCGUGACAUUGCCAGUCACAUGAAGACCCACUUCUGAACUGUGUCUGCCUACAUUAAUUAUAUAGACCAGGUUGUUAGCAGCAGCUGAGCCUGACAGGGAGAGGUCAAAGUGAUCAUGUAAGAUAAAGAAGAAAGAAGGUUUGCCUGUGAAGUGAUGGGAGGAGAGGAGCCACACGAAGAAGUGGAAGGGGAAAUACUAAUGGCUGACUUUCCACAGCUGUGGCAGCUGCACUGGGCCUGGAGCCCAAUUGAGGCUCACAACUACAUGAACUACUUGAUCCUCUGCAAGGUGGGUCAAGGGAAUGUCACAUAACACUACAGCAGCUGGAAUAUGUACUUAUAAACACUUGAGGCUCACACCUACAUGAUCUACUUGCUCCUCUGCAAGGUGAGUCAAGGGAAUGUCACAUAACACUACAACAGCUGGAAUAUGUAUUUAUAAACACUUGCUGCAGCAAAAGAUUCAAUACCUUACAGUGGUGUGCCUCACCCAAGAGCACCACAGAGGCAAGUGCUUCCAGCACCUCUCUGGCCAUUGUACUGCCCUGCCUCAGAAGUGUCCUAGACGAGCCUCAAAACGUGUCUUGUGUUUUGGAAGGUCGGCCAGUGUGGAGGGGCUGCAGUGGUCUGGCGGUCAGGGGCCCAGGUUGCUGAUCGGAGGGGCGACAGUUUGCGCCUCUCCCUGGCAGCUGUUGGUGGGAUGGGCACGCACUGGCAUGCACUGGGCUGCUUGACAAUGGUGCUCUGUCCCCCUCCCUUGGGCUGUGUCCCCAAUAAGUGGUGAAAAAGUUGAAUGACUGAUUGAACAGCUCUGAAUGCCUGCAACCAUCGAGGACGACUGGAAUUGGCCAGGAAAGUUGUUUUUUAAUGAAAAUUGAAAAAAAGAAACAUUAUAGAAAAAGAUGAAUAUUAAAGGGAAGGAACAUCAACAUGCCAGAAGUGUCACUGCCAAGGCAAUACUUGGAUCCCACAGCAACAGUCUCACCUCAGCUCUCCCUGACCUUGUUGUUGGCAGGGUGUGCUGGCCUGUGCCUCCCUCCCCCCCUGCUGCCUCCAUGCUGAGAAAGGACCGAGAGAGAAGCAGACGGCCCGUGAAGUGAUACAAGGCGACAGAUGUGGCAACAAGAGGAAGGUUGUUGCUGCUGCACACUGUCGGAGGCAGGGUGUGCUGGCCUGUGCCUCCCUCCCCCCUGCUGCCACCAUGCUGACAGACAGAAGCAGACGGCCCAUGAAGUGAUACAAGGCGACAGAGGUGGCAACAAGAGGAAGGUUGUCGCUGCUGCACACUGUCGGAGGCAGGGUGUGCUGGCCUGUGCCUCCCUCGCCCCCUGUUCCCACCGGGACUGACUUGGAGUGGCCGUGGCAGUACAGUUUCCUGACGUUCUUCACAAAGGGUUCUUCAGGCGCGAGAGGCUGGAGGAGAUGAAGGCACACCGGGCGAUGCUGCAGCGUGCCCCCACCGGCGUCAGUAACCCAGCAGCCAUCGGGGAGCAGAGCCACAGCCGCCAGCCGCCAGCCGCCGGUGUACGUACUGUCUGUGUUGGGCUGGCCGGGUUAUCGUAGACAGAGCGCCACGCCAAAGAUUCCCAAGUGUUGUUGUGACGUACUCUGCCAAGCGCGUGGCGGCCCGGGAGCAGCCGGACGAGGUCGCCGGUGCCGCCUCAGGCUCGGCGGGGCCGAGUCGAGGUCGCGCCGCUACGUCCUGGCAUGGCCCUAGUUGCCGCAGGGAGGUCCACUAAGGCCGGCGCCGCGCCACACGGUAAUUGUUCCGCCAGCGCCGCAGGGUGGCACACGGCUCAGACUCACCGCGGGCUGGAGGAAGAGUUUGAGCGUCGGCGCCGCGCCUUGUUGCGUGCGUGUGCCCUGCACGACGCGCGGGCCGCCUACCCGGACAUGGCCUGGCGGCAGAAUUACAGACACAUGUUGGCGGGGACGUUGACGCUCUUCAAGGUGCCCAAGGCCGGGUCCUCGGCGGUGAAGGACUUCGUGUCUCGGAUGGCGCAGCAGACUUGGGCGACGCCGCGGCCGCUGAGCGCAGUGGUGGUGCGGCACCCGCUGGCCAGGCUGGCCUCCGCUUACAGAGACAAGUACCUGGGCGGCGCGCCGCUCUUCCAGUACGACGCUGCGUGGCGCAAGGCGACGCAAGGCAUCGAGACGUGGGACUGGCGGUUCGCCAAGUACUGGCUGCCGGCGCUCGUGUCCACCGGGGCUCUGAAGCCAACUCGUGAGUUUAAUGAAACAUUGGACAGGAUUAGAAGAGCGUACAAGAUUUACGUGAACCAUUACGCCAGUCAGACAGGAGCUCUCUUGGCCAAGCCAUCACGAACGGAAAAACUAUUUUAUGGUGUGACAGAAAUGAACACCGUCCACCAGAUGUUGUCGUCUGGCACUUCUGAGGCCUUCGUCACGACGUUCGGGAGGGGCUAUGACCUGCGGGACCUGGUGAUGCGGUUCCGGAACACGUUCUUCACCUUCAGCCAGUUCCUGUGGCACGUGGUCUGGACGCACGACGCGGGCGUGGCAGACGAGCACUGGAUGACCUACACCGAGGCGUGCGAUCCGUGCCGGGUGAAGUUCGACUACAUCCUGAAGCUGGAGACGAUCCAGGAGGAGAUCCAGUACCUGUUCUGCGGGGUGCUAGGCUUCCAGGGCGAGGCCACUUUCCGGUGA